AUGAUAUUAAUCGAUAGNGUAGCAGUUGAACCAUCAGAACCUCCAAUUAAACGUAAACGUACAACUGAAAAUACAAAAACAAGAACAAAUUAUCUUGAAACAGCUAAUGAUGAAAAUGAAGAAAAAUUCGUGCCAUUACUUCAAUAUCAUGCACGAAAUACUUAUGAACAAACAUAUCAAAUUUAUCCGAAUGAACAUUUUCAAUGUUUAUUAAAUUAUCAUUGUGAAAAAGAUACUUUAACAGACCAAUCUCCAGAUGAUCCAGUAUUAUAA